GUCUGCUUCUAGCAGGGGGCUGGAGUGGCAUUCUAGGGGAACACUGUAUGUGCUUGGGGUUGCAGAACUGGGAAUCUACAAAGUAGGAAAGACUAGCAGGAAGAGACACCCCAGAGGUCAGGGGCCAAGUGUCCCAAAAUGCAGCAGCCACACCUGGGGACAACAGAAGCAUUUCUGGAAAACCUAGAGGCAGAUGUGGGACAAAUGAACAGAAGUGUCCUUUUAUUUAUUUAUUUAUUUAUUUAAAGAGAGAGAGAGAGAGAGAAUUUUAAUAUUUAUUUUUUAGUUCUCGGCAGACACAACAUCUUUCUUUGUAUGUGGUGCUGAGGAUCGAACCUGGGCCACACGCAUGCCAGGCGAGCGCGCUACCGCUUGAGCCACAUCCCCAGCCCCAGAAGCGUCCUUUUAUACAUGGCAAGUGAGAAGGCAAUCUCAAGAUGGUUACUGUGCAUGUUUAUGAUACAAAUCAGAUUAGCGUGCGUCCAGAAAACCCUAGAUAACAACACUCCCUAAUCUAAUUCCCACUAUGUCUGAAGGAUUUUUUUUUGAGAGAGAGAGAGAGAGAAUUUUUUUAAUAUUUAUUUUUUAGUUUUCGGCGGACACAACAUCUUUGUUUUUUUUGUAUGUGGUGCUGAGGAUCGAACCCGGCCCGCACGCAUGCCAGGCGAGCGCGCUACCGCUUGAGCCACAUCCCCAGCCCAUGAAAGAUUUUUUAAAAGUGUCUUUAUUGAGAUUAAAUGCACAUGCCAUAAAAAUUCACCUAUAUAAUAUGUACAGUUCAGAGUUUUUAAUAUAUUCAUAGAACUGUGCAACCCUCGCCACAAUGUAAGUAUAGAACACUUUCAUCAUCCCCAAAAGAAGCCCUGAACCCAUGUAUUAUUCCUCACACCCCAACCUCUAUAGCCCUAGGUAAUUACUAGCCCAGGACUAGCUGCAGGACUGAGUAUACCAAAAAGGUUACAAAAUUAGUAAAUUAACAUUUACUUUUUCUGCACUGUGCAUGGAGAAAACAUGAGGAGAAGGAACUUUGCCUUCAAGUUGUUUACUACUAACAAUGACAAGGCCUUGUAGUUAACUAAUAGUUAACAGUCAGUCCCAGCUGUUACUCACCAGCUAUGUCACCUUGGGCGUGUUACAAAAAUCUCUCUAAGCCUCAGUUUCCUCAUCUCUAAAAUGGAAUAAAAUCAUACUUCAGAAGGUUGCUGCCAGGAUUAAAUGAUAAAAUAGGGAAGAAUCUGUUCCAGGCCUGGCCCAUGGUAAGGGAUCAUAAGCAUUUGUCAUCAUCCAUCUUAUACUGCAAGGCAAAGGUAGGUGGAAAGUGCUAUGGGUCCUUGAGCAGAUAUGUACAGGCUUCUUAGAGGAGACGGAGUAUAUGUGUAUGUUUGGGGCUGGUACCAGGUGGGAGUUGUGUGGAAGCCAAGUUGGAAGGUGGAUUAGUAGAAAGAAAGGCCAGAGAUGGAAGACCUUUUGUGAGACUGCUCCAGAAGUCCAAGGGAUGUAAAGAGGCUGGUACUGGUAGCUGUUCCCAGACUAUGAUGUCAGGAUCACUGGGAAGCAGGUUCCUGGGCCUACCCCAAAGUUCUGAUUCAGCUGGUCUAUGAAGGUCCAGAAAACAGGUGAGCAAAUUUUGGGGGUUGGGGAGGUAGGCAGAUGUCUGCUACGUAGGAAAGGGAGCAAGUCACAAGCUCAUUCAUUGGGUGCCAAGCCUGACUGGGCUGGCACCAGCUAGGUAGGACUUCUGGGAGAAGGUGCUUUAUCUAGGCCUUGAAGGAGGAAGCAUUUUGAUCAGGGGAGAUGGGAGAGGGCCUUGUAAGUAAAGGAGACAAUAUGAGACAACAUUUGUAAUCAGAUGUUUCCCAGGCCAAUCUGGGUGCUGGGAAGAAAGGCUAUGAUGCCUCUGGAUGGCCUUGAAUGCCACACCGAAUGGAGUUUGGAGUUUAUUUACACCAAAGGUUAGAGAUGUCUAGAAGGUUUGGGGUAUUAGCUGCCAUUACUAUUUGGGGACAGUGCUGAAGAAGGGUAUGCAAGGUGGAGCAAGGGAAAUGACUAUGAGUCUCUUAUUAUCAAGCCUAACUGAGGCCCAGAGCUCACAUUUUAUUUCUGACUGACCCAUGUUGGCAAGGAAUGGAAAAGCUGAGGAAGGGUUGCGGAAGGGGCAAGGAGGGAAGCCCAUCCACAUUUUAUGAUCUCAGUGGAAAAGGCUGGUGUGAGUAGAUUCUGCUGCCAGUGGAGCCACAGAGAUGGGCUCCAUGAGUCACUGCUCAGUCCUGCAAGCUCAGCCCACAGAGCCUGCUGUGGUCAGCCGCCCCAGGCUGGCUCCAGGCCCAGCCCCUCAAUGUUCCCCACUAGGCCUCAGUCUGUCCCUGUUUCUCUACCAUCUCUGUACCUUUGCUAUCCAGGGUUGUGCAUCCUGCAGCUCUCUGCUUCUUCUCUAUUUCCCUUUCAGACUGAGCCUCUGAAUGUCUCCAUCUGUGAUUGGUUUCCAUGCAACUCACAGAUGGGAGCCUCAGGAGGGCAGGGGCAAUGUGACCAGUCUCAGAUACCCCUAGACAUUUGUUCUGUGCCAGGCCCAGUGCUGGAUAAUGAAAAUACAGAAGAAGAGGACAACAUACAGACUGCUUACAAUGCACAUUCUAUGUGGAAUGGGGAAACCAGGGGCUAGCCCUGCCUCUUUCUCAGCAUGUCUUUAUCCCCCUUACUGAUUGCUAUGCCCAGGGUGCCAGGAGUCAGCUAGGGCCUGUGGCUUGGGCCUCUUCUUUGCCUCUGGCACUAGGAAGGUAUGUGUGCCUGCCAGCAGGUCAUCCCAGUUAUUAGGGAUCCUGAGGUGCUAUUGGGUGGGAGUGGGCAGUAGAGGGAGAAAGGGGGAGCAGGAGGCAGUGACUCAGUGGGAGCGGCCUUGGAACAGAGCUAGGGAGGGAGCCAAAGUUGGACCCAAUGUUCACUGAAGCUAGAGGAGGGAGGGAAAAGAGAUCUGACUGGGGACUGUGGAUAGAGCAGAACAACUCCAAGGCCAGCCCUGCUCCUUGCUUGGUAUCUGCCUGGGAGUCUGAACUCUGGGUACUGAAUGGGUGUGGGGAGGAUUCUGUGUUUCCCACUGUGCCUGCUGCUGAUGUCCAGGUUCAUGAAGGAGGCAUCUGCCUUAGGGCCAGGGAAGGCAUUAUGUUCACUGCCCUCUCCUCUCAGGGAUCAAGGGCCUGGGUAUGCUAACAGGGCCUGGUCAUGUGGUGGGGUUUGCUGCCUUUUCUGGCCACACAGUUGACCUCCCAACAAUCUUCACACAAAUUUUGAGGAAACUGUCAGGCCAGGCCCACAAGCCCCAAAGGGACCCAAACCUCAGAGCUGGGAGAAAUCUCAAGUGUCUUUCAUCAGUUCAGUAUUCCCUAAGGGUGUAAUGAGGGGGUGGAACAGGGCAUAAAUGUAGCCCCAGAAAGCAGUAUUUGACUUUUUGGGUCCUUCCUAGUCCUUCUGGAAAUCCCAGGACAAAAGAGUAACUUUCUUGUUUCACAGGUGAGGCACAAAGAGAAGAGAGUCCCUGGAGCUCCUCCCAAAGAUUUGCUAGGGGAGCUGGGAAGGUCUUCCAGGACCCUGCUGGCUUGCAAGGCGACGCCCCCUCCGCUACAACCAAGGGCUUUCCCCCGGCGCGAGCUGGGGCAGCCGACCUGCAAGCCCCCUCCCCAGCCCCCAGCAGGGCGCCGCUCACUCACGCUUCCGGCGUGUCGGCUGGCAGAGCCGUGGGCUCGGUGGAACGGCCGUUAGACGCUGUCGACUCGCGCACUGAGACGCCGGGGGCGGGGCGCUCAAGUCCGGGAGUGCCGUCAGACCCGUGGGAGGCGGCGCCAUUGCACGCCGGGCGCCCAGGCUGUUCCCGCCGUCGAGGCUCAGGAGUGUUCGAAGGCUCGGCUCCCGGGCUUCGCGGUUCCCUGCGGCACUCCCAGGAACGUGAGUGUAGGUGGCGGACGACUGAGUCGCGCGCCAGUCCCCCGAGUUGGACUGGCGGGGAGCGUGAGCACGAGGCAGCCUCAGGGGUAGUCCUGCAAAGCCUAGUGUGAGGCGAAGUCCAAGGGUGGAGUCGGGUGGGACCUACCAGGCAAAGGCUCAUGGGAGCACGACUAGGGCCCUGGUCAGGAAGGAGACCCCUGACUUUCUUUCCCCUUCCCCAGGCCUUCAACUCUUCGGUAGCAGCAGCACUUCCUGUAUCUGGGCACCUCCUUUGGCCUAGUGCGCUCUGCCUGGCGUUGCUCCUGGCAUCUCCUUUGUUUGACACCUCCUUUGGCCUAUUGCGCUCUGCUUGCGUUGCUUGUGGAGCCUUGUGGGACCAUCUUCAACACAGUUCCUGGAUGAGCCUAGGCCUCUUUUCACACCGAGUCCUAGCCCCUGCCCACUUGCCCUGAGCAGGACCACCCUUAAUAGGGGGUGAUGGAAAGGUCCCUGGAGGGUGGGGAUGAGUCCCCAGACUCCCAGGGGCAUGCCACCGACUGGAGGUUUGCUGUAUGCAGUUUCAGGGAUGCCUGGGAGGAGGAGGACUCUGCUUCCCAGAAGCAGAUUAAGGACCCUAGUCCUCCACGACCACCUGCCCAGGGCGAAGGGCUUCUGGGCAGCCCCUUGUCCAGGGACCUACAAUUACCUUCAGAACUACAGGCUAUAGAUGGAUCGGGGGAUGGCCAGAAGAGCACAUUAGGAGGCUCCUCAGUCCAGUCAGAGGAGCCAUUCCCCUCUGGAGUGGAGAGCCUCUUGUGCCCCAUGUCCUCCCACCUCAGCCUGGCACAGGGUGAAAGUGACAACCCAAGGGGAGGUUUGGUAGGGGACCCAGGUCCAGGAGAGGCAUUGCCAGCAGUCUUAGGCCCUGGGGGGUUGGACAGCAGCCCUGUGGAUCUUGGAGACCCUUUAUCAGACACAUCAUCCAAACCUAUGGUGACAGACUCUAGGAGAUCCAGCCUUCCCAAGUCUGCCAACUGCCUCCUGGCCCAAAACCUCACCUGGGAACUGCUGGCCAGUGGCAUGGCUGCCUUGCCAGGAACUCGUGAUGUAGAAGGCCGAGCUGUGCUACUGUUGUGUGCCCACAGCCCAGCCUGGCUUCACCCCAAGUGCGGCAGCCAUGAACUCAUCUGCCUCCUACUCUACUUGCGAAGCAUCCCCAGGCCUGAAGUCCAGGCCCUGGGACUUACCAUACUAGUUGAUGCCCGGAUUUGUUCCCCAAGCUCUUCCCUCUUGUGGGGGCUAUGCCAACUACAUGAAGCAGCUCCGGGGUCAGUGCACCAGGUGCUGCUAAUGGGAAAAAUGCCUGAGGAGGUACCUUCAGGGCUUCAGCUUGAGCAGCUGCCCUCUCAUCAGAGCCUGUUGACCCACAUCCCUACUGCAGGGUUGCCUACUUCAUUAGGAGGAUGCCUGCCUUACUGCCACCAGACUUGGCUGGAUUUCCGAAUGGAAGUUGGUCGGGUGCUACAGCAGGCACAGGUCCUGAUGCAGCAGGUGCUGGACUCACCACAGCUGGCAUGGCUACAAUGCCAGGGGAGUUUAGAACUAGCAUGGCUGAAGCAGGAGGUCCGAGAGGUGACCCUGAGCCCAGACUACAGGCCAGCGGUAGACAAGGCUAAUGAACUAUAUGGCCGUGUAGAUGGACUGCUGCAUCAGCUGACCCUGCAGAGCAACCAGCGAGUGCAGGCACUAGAGCUGCUCCAAACACUGGAGACCCAGGAGGGCAGGCUGCACCAGAUUGAAGUAUGGCUACAGCAGGUUGGCUGGCCAGCACUGGAGGAGUCAGGGGAACCCUCACUGGACAUGCUGCUUCAGUCUGUAGGCCCUUUCCGGGAGCUGGACCAGGUUGCCCAGGAGCAAGUCAGGAGAGGGGAGAAGUUUCUACAGCCACUGGCUGGCUGGGAGGCAGCUGAACUGGGUCCCCCUGGGGUGCGCUUUCUGACCCUGCGAGCCCAGCUGAUAGAAUUCUCUAGGGCUUUAGCCCAGCGGCGCCAGAGGCUGGCAGAUGCUGAGAGACUGUUUCAGUUCUUCAAGCAGGCCUCAACAUGGGCUGAGGAUGGGCAGCGAGUACUGGCAGAGCUGGAGCAGGAGCACCCAGGGGUUGUGCUACAGCGGCUACAGCUGCACUGGACCCAGCACCCUGACUUGCCUCCUGCGCAUUUCCGAAAAAUGUGGGCUCUGGCCACAGGGCUGGGUUCAGAGCGCAUCCGCCAGGAAUGCCGCUGGGCCUGGGCACAGUGUCAGGAUACCUGGUUGGCCCUAGACCAGAAGCUAGAGGCUGCACUGAAGCCACCACUGACAGGCAGCACAGCUAGCCUGCGUGUCAGCCAGGUUCCUGCAGUACCUGCUACUCCUCCCUUGAGGAAGGCCUACAGCUUUGAUCAGAAUCUGGGGCAGAGUCUCAAAGAGCCUGCCCACCACUUCCAUCAUGCUGCCAUUGUCACUGCCUGCCACAAACCAGAGGCUGGAGGAGGUACCCGUCCCAGGUCAUACUCUACUUUGCCUCUACCAGGCAAAGACCUCAAGAGCCCCAAUAGGCCACAGUUGGUGUUGGCAGAGAUGGUGGCCACUGAGCGAGAAUAUGUCCGGGCCCUUGACUACACCAUGGAGAACUAUUUCCCUGAGCUGGAUCGCCCCGAUGUGCCACAGGGUCUCCGUGGCCAGCGAGCUCACCUUUUUGGUAACCUGGAGAAGCUGCGGGACUUCCAUUACCAUUUCUUCUUGCGUGAGCUGGAGGCUUGCACCCAGCACCCACCCCGAGUAGCCUAUGCCUUCCUACGCCACAGGGUGCAGUUUGGGAUGUAUGCACUCUACAGCAAGAAUAAACCUCGCUCUGAUGCCCUGAUGACCAGCUAUGGUCACGCCUUCUUCAAGGACAAGCAGCAAGCACUGGGAGAUCAUCUGGACUUGGCCUCCUACCUGCUAAAGCCUAUCCAGCGCAUGAGCAAGUAUGCACUGCUACUGCAGGAGUUGGCACGGGCCUGUGGGGGACCUGCACAAGAGCUGAAUGCCCUACAGGAGGCCCAGAGCCUUGUACACUUCCAGCUACGACAUGGCAAUGACCUGCUAGCCAUGGAUGCCAUCCAGGGCUGUGAUGUUAACCUCAAGGAGCAGGGGCAGCUAGUGCGACAAGAUGAGUUCACAGUGCGCACUGGGCGUCACAAGUCUCUUCGUCGUGUUUUCCUCUUUGAGGAAUUGCUACUCUUCAGCAAACCUCGCCGUGGGCCUGCGGGUGUUGACACAUUUACCUAUAAGCGUUCCUUCAAGAUGGCAGACCUUGGCCUCACUGAGUCCUGUGCGGAUAGCAAACUGCGCUUUGAGAUCUGGUUCCGUCGUCGCAAGGCCAGGGACACCUUUGUGCUACAGGCCUCUAGCUUGGCCACCAAGCAGGCCUGGACAGCUGACAUCUCCUGCCUGCUCUGGAGGCAGGCUGUCCAUAACAAGGAGAUGCGUUUGGCUGAGAUGGUGUCCAUGGGUGUGGGGAACAAGGCCUUCCGAGACAUCGCACCCAGUGAGGAAGCUAUCAACGACCGCAAUAUCAACUGUGUCCUAAAGUGCCGAGAAGUUCGCUCUCGGGCUUCCAUUGCUGUGGCCCCAUUUGACUAUGACAGCCCCUACCUGGGGUCCUCAAGCUCCCUUCCUGGAGACCCUGCCUCUUGCUCUGUUCUGGAGUCCCUCAACUUGCACCUGUACAGAAACUCGGCUCUUCUGGGUGUCCGCUGGCCCCUGUAUCCUCCAAACUUCCCAGAGGAAGCAGCAUUGGAAGCUGAGGCAGAACUGGGCAGCCAGCCCUCUUUGACUCCUGAGGACUCUGAAGUCUCAUCCCAAUGCCCAUCAGCCAGUGGCUCCAGUGGCUCUGACAGCAGCUGUGUGUCAGGGCAGGUCUUGGGCAGGGUCCUUGAGGACUUGUCCUAUGUCUGACCUCAGUGGUGAUAAGUGAAUCUAGAAGCCAGUAUCUCCAAGGAACAUCACUUCUCUGGAUCUUCUGGUGCUGUUCCACCUCACUGUUAUCUGUGGCCACUGACUACCCUGGAGCCUCUGGCUGCACAGCCUGGGAAAGAACCUUUAUCCCAGGUUUCUGGCUCCAUGUGUCCUUCUCCUGUCCCUACUCCCAACUUUAAGUUCAGAAUAGGCUAGGGCAAGUAUUUACAUGCUCUAGGUUAGUGGGGUACCAUGUGGCUUUGGGCAGUGACUGGGCUGCACCCAGCCCUUGGAAGAAACAUAGUGAAACUGCUCACUGGCUUUAAUGAUGAGCUCCCCAAACACAGGAGCCAGCCCACCCCUAGUGGUCCCACCCUUGCCUGCCCUGGCUCCCCAGGUCCAUCCUCUGCUUUUGGGCCAGUUUGGUUAUUUUGAUAUGAUUCCUUUUGAAUAGCUUUUAGAGUUCGUUAUUAUCUCACAGGUCCCCUUAGUCCUUUGUCACUGAAGUCCUUUGUGUCUCAGAGAAGGAGUCUAGACCUUUGACUUGUGAUCCACUGUUUUAUUUGUUUAAUUAUAAUUAAAGAAUAGACUGAUUUGGAUGGGCACAUGCAUGGGGUGGAGGCUGCAGGGCAGCAUCUCUGGGCAUCCUAGCCCUUUUGGAUGGGCACAUGCCUGGGGUGGAGGCUGCAGGGCAGCGUCUCUGGGCACCCUAGCCCUCUUGUAAGUACUUGCUUAAGACAGAGUAAGAGACAGAUCUAGACAGGCCUCUCUGGAUGAGCAGGUCCACGCAGCGGCCAUAUUUUCUGGCAAAAGGCAGUGUAAGCUGCAAGGAAAGGCCUGUCUUACCCCUGAUUGUCCAAGUGGGUAGAUGGAGAUAGGGACAGGGUAAGCCUCAUUUUUGGGGUUUUGGGGAACUUUGAUGCAUUAGGGCAUCUCAUAGGGCUGUGGCUAGCAGUGGCUAGCUACCAGGCAAAUGAGAAAAAUUGAGGUCAGAAGUGUUUCCUACUUCUGAAUUUUUUUUUUUUUAGUUGUAGAUGCCUAUAUCCUUUAUUUAUUUUUAUGUGGUUCUGAGGAUCCAACCCAGCACCUUGCAUGUAGAAAUCAUUUUAAGGAAUCAUUCCUUUGUCCAACAUUUAUGGCAAUGUUUUGGCUACAAGGUAAAGUUGGAAAGGCCUAACUUCUGUGUGCACAAGCUUGGGUUUAUGGGACAUGCUUUUCCAAGUGUGGCUAGGGUUGUUGGAGAAAAAACUAUAAAAAUCAAUGUUCUGACUA